AUGCAGGUUUACAGGGAGUUACACGCUCGAAUUGUACAUGCUCUUUGCGUCCUCCACAACUUCAUCCGUGUUCAUGAUCCUGAUGAUCUUGAUACCACCGUAGAGGAGGAGCUCACUCGCAUCCCUGAACCACCUGAACAGGGCGACUUUGGCGGCAGCAUCUCAGCAGCAGAGAAGGAGGCGGCAACAAGCCGAAGGGAUGAUAUUGCUAAACGAAUGUGGGCAGAUUAUGUAGAGUAUCUAGAAACACGACAUUGA